UCAGAUUUUCGACCCACUUACCGAGUGAAUGCCACAGUGAGCGUUAUUAAAAGACAAAACUGGGUCAAAGUUGAGCGGAAUAAAGCGCUGUCUAGACCCGCUGACUGCCUGCAGGAAUUCAAAUGCCAUCGCGUUUAUCAUAUUGAUUUUGAUGACGAUGACGAUGACGAUGAUGAUGAUGAUAAUGAUUAUUGAUAGCAGGUGCAGGAGAUAUGAGUAUUGAGGCAUUGGCAGGCUUUUGGGCAGGUGCGUGCCAUGCGUGUCGUCCUGUCAGUCAAAGCAGGUUACCUGGCUGCCAGUCAGCCAUCAAUUUUUCGCCCCAGUCAAUUUCAGUCUAGUGGCAAGCCACGAUGCGUGCACAACAGAGAACUGCCCAGGAACGGGAGCAGCUGCGCCGGCAGCGCUCCGAGGCGCGGAUGAUCUUGGCAAGCUAUCGAGCAUUGGGCUUUGAAUAUGUGGUCAAUCCGCCCGUGGCGGCAAAAGUGGCCUUUGGCUCAACGAUGCACCGCGAUGUAAUGCCAAUUAGUGGUCCAGCAAUGUCCAGCUACAUGCGUUCCCUGCAGACGGAGCUACGAGAAUUUCCCGGUCCAUUGGAUUAUGAUUGCGCAAAGCCAAUUGGAUUUAAGUAUCCCUCCAAUGCUGGCUUUUCGGCACUGGCCAACAAGAUGCCCCGUCUGCCUGUUGUGCGGGAUCAGAUCAUUCCCCCAUUAGGCACCUAUGAGCCCUCGCCUUGGGUUCUACGCGCUGGCUACACCUUCGACCGGCAGGUGUCCACACUGCCCAAGUGGCUAACUCCCGGUCCCUCCACCUAUUCGAUUCACAACAAGUAUCCGAACUAUAAGAUCGAAACUGCUUUCGGCAGCUGUCGCCUUAUCUGGCCCGCAGUCGCCGUCUUCUGUGGCCCCAAGCACGAUGCCGUCUGCAUCGUCUGCCAUGAGACGCCCAAAGGCGAUUACUUCCACAGCUUCGCCAGCGACAAGGACAUGUGCAGGCAGUGCAUGGCCGAGCAGAUGGGGACCAUCAAGCACUGCGCCCUGAGCGUCGUCGAGCGAUAUCGCAAGCGCCAGUACAUCAAGCAGUUUGUGCCCGCCCGCUACUGCGGCUUCUUCCACGAUCACAACGGCACCACCGCAGCCACCGAGACAACCUCACGCAGGGAGCUACGCGCAAAGAUUCGCGUCGAGAACUAUUUGUAUCGCUUUGCCAGCAAAGUGGCAUAAAAUAAUUAGCAGGAGAAAAGAGUUCAUUUGCAUAUUCCUGCAAGUUUUAGAAGUUAAAAUGUGAACAGUAAGCAGAAAACAAAAAACAUUUCAUUUUAUUUGGUAUAGAAAAAUAACCAACAAAAAAUUUCAUUAGAAAUAUUAACUGACAGAUAUAAUUGAGAGUAUCAUAUUAUUAUACAAUAUUCAAACGUAUUAUGUAUAAAACAGAUUUCACAUAUAAAUAAAGAUGUAAAGUUCAAUAUAUAGUAAAAUAAAA